CGCUUGCCCGGCGCAUACAGUCGUGCGCAUACAGAGCGCGCAUAUCCACCGCGCACGCACGAAUUUCAUGUAAACAAUAGUAGUAAAAUAUUUGUGUUCGCAUCAAUGUUAUGAUGUCGUAAUCGCAAUCUGUGCGAAUGUUUUUUAUAAAAAUAUUAAACAUGAAUUUAUAAAAAAAAGAAUGACAUAAAUUACUUUAGCAGUGCUAAUCGUAGAAUCAGCGUCGUGAAGUGCAGGCACUUUUAGUUUAAAGUAUUCAACUUAUAUAACGUUAAGUGUGAAGUGUUGGUGUAAGCUGGUGGAUAUGCCUUAGUGCCCUCAAGGGAUGAGAUGAAGGGCAAGCCCUCAGCCCCUCCAAAACUGCCCUUGAUAUUGGGGAAACUCCUCCUUCGUUGGAUCUUCAACAAAUCAGACAUCAUCUUCUUUGUUUACCGUUUCAUUUGGUAUGCCCACGUGCAGUCCUCGAUGAACGGCAGCAGUGUGGAUUUCUUCGAAAGUCUUAUCGAGGAAGACGGUCGUUUCGCGGAACAGAACUGGCAAGAGUCAACGCUGCGUACUCCAGCUCAAAGGCCGCGAAGACAGUCGCUAAGGCCAGCGGAAAACAUCAACAAUGGCGGUGGGCUGUCUCUAUCUCCGCCUCAUACAAUCUCUCAGCGAGAAACGGGCACUCAGGUGUCCCAGUGCUACAGUGGGCCUCCGUCCCCCAGUGGAUCGUCGGCAUCAGCGCCGUCGCCCACAGCGUCGCCGGCGCCCCCGGGCUCCGCCACCAUAGACCCCAACUGGCAGGCCACCAAGCCCACAAUCCGUGAGAGGAAUGCAGCUAUGUUCAAUAACCAACUAAUGGCAGAUAUCACAUUUAUUGUUGGUGGACCUGGGCACACACAAGUGAUACCGGCGCACAAGUAUGUGCUAGCUACAGGCAGCUCGGUAUUUUAUGCCAUGUUUUAUGGGGGUCUGGCGGAGUGCAAGCAGGAAAUAGAGGUCCCUGAUGUUGAGCCUUCGGCAUUCCUUACAUUGUUGAAAUAUUUAUACUGUGAUGAAAUCCAGCUGGAAGCAGACACUGUAUUAUCAACACUUUAUGUUGCUAAGAAAUACAUUGUCCCACAUCUAGCAAGAGCUUGUGUCAAUUAUUUGGAAACUAGUCUUACUGCCAAGAAUGCAUGCCUGCUCCUCAGCCAGUCACGUUUAUUUGAGGAGCCAGAACUGAUGCAAAGGUGCUGGGAGGUUAUAGAUGCCCAGGCUGAGAUGGCUCUUACUUCAGAGGGGUUUAUUGAUAUUGAUGUGUCAACUCUGGAGUCAGUGCUUGCAAGAGAGACACUCAAUUGCAAAGAGAUCAAUCUCUUUGAAGCUGCUCUGGCAUGGGCCCAUGCAGAGUGCGUGCGAAGAGAGAUAGAGCCUACACCAAGCAAUAAAAGAGCUAUGCUCGGAAGUGCCAUAUACCUGAUCAGAUUCCCAACAAUGUCACUUGAGGAGUUUGCAAACAGUGCAGCACAACUUGGCAUCUUAACCCCACAAGAAACUAUUGACAUAUUUCUACACUUCACUGCUGCAACCAAACCACAACUAUCUUACCCCAUAAAAGCUAGGGCUGGACUGAAAGCUCAGAUAUGUCACAGAUUCCAGUCUUGUGCCUACAGAAGCAAUCAGUGGAGGUAUCGCGGGAGAUGCGAUUCUAUUCAAUUUUGCGUCGAUAAGAGAAUUUUCGUAGUUGGAUUUGGACUAUAUGGAUCUUCAAAUGGUGCAGCAGACUACAAUGUUAAAAUUGAGCUGAAGAGAUUGGGAAGAGUGCUAGCAGAGAACAAUACAAAGUUCUUCUCUGAUGGAUCAAGCAACACUUUCCAUGUAUAUUUUGAAAACCCAAUACAAAUUGAACCAGAAUGCUUUUACACUGCUUCUGCCAUAUUGGAUGGAAGUGAACUAAGUUAUUUUGGACAAGAAGGUUUAAGUGAGGUGUAUAUGGGCACAGUGACUUUUCAGUUCCACUGUUCCUCAGAAAGCACAAAUGGAACUGGAGUGCAAGGAGGUCAGAUACCAGAACUUAUAUAUUACGGUCCCACAGUGUCCACUGCCAUCACCAACACCAAUCAAAAUGAGGACUGACAAUUGAUAAGGUCCCGACCACUCAAUUAUUACUCAGUAUGAAAUUUGCAAGUUAAUUGGAAGUCUCAAUAUUAUGGAAGAGAUAAAUAUGUUAAUUCGCCUAAAAUAUUUAAAAACUUAACCAUUCCCAAAAGUUAAAAUUAUUUUGUUGUAAAUUUGAAGUUCUUGUGUAUAUUGUUGAACUUUAUAGAAAUAAGUAACUUAAGAAUGUGAUAUGGAUGUUGUAAAGCUCUCUAGAAGUUGGUAGAUGAUAGGCCAUAGAUCCAUAACACAAGUUCAUUGCAAUAAACAUGAAUACUGAA